AUGUUUCUCAAAAUUAAACCAAAAACUCUUCCAGAAGAUCAUACUUCAUUGGCUCCUACGUACAACAACAUCGGUCAAAUGUAUUACAACAUGGGUGACUACUCGAAAGCGCUUGAAUUUUUCGAAAAAGCACAUCAAAUAAAAGAAAAAGCUCUGCCUCCAAAUCAUCCCGAGUUGGCUACUUACUACAACAACAUCGGUACAGUGUAUAACAACAUGGGUGACUACUCGGAAGCACUUGAAUUUUACGAAAAAGCACAUCAAAUCGACGAAAGAGCUCUGCCUCCGAAUCAUCCCGAUUUGGCUACUUCCUACAACAACAUCGGUCAAGUGUAUGACAACAUGGGUGACUACUCGAAAGCACUUGAAUUUUACGAAAAAGCACAUCAAAUCGACGAAAGAGCUCUGCCGCCGAAUCAUCCCAAUUUGGCUACUUCCUACAACAACAUCGGUGGAGUGUAUAACAAAAUGUGUGACUACUCGAAAGCACUUGAAUUUUACGAAAAAGCACAUCAAAUCUUCGAAAAAGCUCUGCCUCCGAAUCAUCCCAAUUUGGCUACUUCCCACAGCAACAUCGGUCAAGUGUAUAACAACAUGGGUGACUAUUUGAAAGUACUUGAAUUUUACGAAAAAUCACAUCAAAUCUUCGAAAAAGCUCUGCCUCCGAAUCAUCCCGAUUUGGCUACUUCCUACAACAACAUCGGUGGAGUGUAUAACGACAUGGGUGACUACUCGGAAGCACUUGAAUUUUAUGAAAAAGCACAUAAAAUAAAAGAAAAAGCUCUGCCUCCGAAUCAUUCCGGUUUGGCUACUUCCUACAAUAACAUGGGUACAGUGUAUUUCGACAUGGGUGACUACUCGAAAGCACUUGAAUAUUUAAAAAAAGCACAUCAAAUCUUCGAAAAUGCUCUGCCUCCGAAUCACCCUAUUCUGGCUCUUCCAUACAAAUGGUUCGGAAAGAUUUAUCGCAGCAUGAAAGAUUAUUCAAAAGCACUUGAUAAUUUCGAAAGAUGUCUCUCAAUACGUCAAAAAGCCUUACUUGAUAAUCAUCCAGAUCGAGCUACUACAUACAGUGAUAUUGGUGAUGUUCAUCGAUUAAUGAGUAAUUAUGAAAAGGCACUUGCAUUUCAUCAAAAAGCAUUAAAUAUUCAAGAAAAUGUUCACUGUAAUCUCCUGGAAUGUGCAACGACAUAUAUAAAUUUAGGUGAAACUUAUCGUGAAAUGAAAAAUUAUUCAACAGCAUUGACAUAUUUCGAAAAAGGAUUAGAAAUACGUGAAAAAAAAUUACCAAAAAAUCAUCCUGAUUUAGCUGUUGUAUAUCAUAAUAUGGCAAAAUUAUAUUUAGCUACACAAAAGUAUAGUAUGGCAAUGAAAAAUAUUCAACAAGCAGUUCAAAUAGGUCAAGAAAAAUUACCUUCAACUCAUCCUCAUCUUUUGGAAUAUAAAGAAACAUUUGAAAAAAUUCGAAAGAAAAUGUAA